AUGAUACCAUCUAGGCUCAUAUAUAGACAAAUACCAAGGAGUAUAAUAUCACCAACUAUAAGAUACAACUCAACUACUACCACAGCUCAACCUGUCAAAAAAGUGGAGUCUAAUUAUUUUUUAACCCAAAUUUAUCCUAUUUCAGAAACAGAAAUAACUGAUAAAGACUUAGACUCAUGGAUUGAAGCAGUUAAAAACCUCAAACAAGGUAAGAAAAUAUUUGACACCAAGGAGGAAAUAUAUCUUAAUCAAAUUGUAAAUAAUUCAGAAGAAUAUUUAAAGAAAUCAUUUGAACCAAGUUUGAAACAAAUUGAAGAAAGUAAGAAAUAUGCAGAUAAAGCUAUCCCAUUAAUGAAUGAUCCAAUAGUAGACAAUUUAGUAAAUUUAAUAAUGAGACAUGGUAAAAAGAAUCUCGCUAGAAAGGUUGUAAAUAGAGCUUUUUUCAUUAUACAAAUGAAAUUAAGAAAAGACCCCAUUGAAAUAUUUAAAGAAACUUUGGAUAAAUUAGGACCAGUUGUCAAAACUAGAUCUAUGUCUACUGGGUUUGCAAAGAAGAAAAUUGUGCCUCAACCAAUGACUGAAAGACAAAGGAAUAGAUUUGCAAUUACUUGGAUUUUAGAAGCUUCAAAACUGAGAAAAAGUAAUGAUUUUAGUGUUAGAUUAGCUGAAGAAAUUAUAAAUGCUUAUAUGGGUAAAUCUUCUGGGUAUGAUAAGAAAGCUCAAAUGCAUAAAUUGGCUACUCAACAAAGAGCUUAUAUACAAUUGUAA